AUGGAUGAAAAGCUGCUUGGCCAAGCCCUUCAGUACCAUGGCCUUGGUUUGCUGUACAGUUUAAAGGCAGAACACCAGAAGCAACCGUCAGCAUCACUACUGGCAUCUUUGGAUCGCAAGCAGCAUCGAGACCCAGAAAUAAAGGAUGCAGAGUUUCAGAAGCGUGUGUGUACUUUCAUUGGGAGAAAGUCAGACAUGCUCUUCAAAUCCCUGUCAGAAGAAGAAAAGAACAGAAGAAGACAUGAUCAUGAAAUUAUUGAUGAUGGCUAUGCUAUUAUGCCACCACUGGAGACUUUUCUGGAUGGUCCCUCACAUCUUCGCAGAGGACACUUUUACAAGAGUCUGAGGCCUAAUGAUUGUGUAUCUGGGGUGGUGCUGUCUGUUCUAGAAAAUGGACUACGGAUUCAGCUCUUGUGUGUGGAUAAAGGCUGUGCCAGGGAUAUUGAUGACUUGGAAAUUCAGGCAUUUUGCCCAGUGAAAGAGCUGCCAAAGUUAUACCCAAAUGAAAGUGCGCUUGAUGCAUUUCAAGAGAAAGACAUUGUUAGAGGUAUUGUUCUAGCCGUGAGCGAAGAAUCCGAGAAGAUAAUCAUCUCUUUACAUGAAAAAGCGAUACCAGAUAAAAACAUCUACCCACGUAUAGGCUUGAUCACAGAACAAGAGUUUCCUGUACACUACAGACGCAAAAAGCAGAUUGAAGGAAUGCCUUUUAACGAGGUAUUGCAUUCAAUCCUUGGCUUCAACAAUACAGGAAACGUGAAAGCUCUUGUUGAACAGCUGGGGAUACAGGAGGAUUCAUCCUAUAUGAGAUACCUCGCUGGAUUACACAUCCCAGAAAAUGAAUACGCCGAAGGCCUUCGUAAAUGGCAGUCCCAGAAAUUAGCAUACCAUAGUGUGGCCCAGGGAGUUGACAUGUUCAAAAGUGGGAAGUUUCUGGAGGCACUGCAGUUCUUUAACCGAGCCUUGCAGAUAGACACCGAGAACGUGGAGGCUCUGGUAGCCAGAGGUGCACUAUACGCAAACAAUGAAAACUUCAAUCAUGCUGUUAAAGACUUUGAGGCAGCAUUGUCCAUCAAUCCAAAUCACAAAAAUGCCAAAAAAUACCUAAUAGAAACCUUGCUGGCAUUUGGCAAAACUUGUGAAGAUAAAAGAAACCACACAGAAGCUGCAGUACAUUACUGUCAGGUGUUAAAGCUUGACCCUGGUCGUGUGGAGGCCAGGGAUUUAUUAGAGGCUUGCCAGCGUUUAAUGUAUUUUAUACUUUUGCAGGACGAGCACAAGAUUAAGAAAGAAGGGGACAGUGAGGCUUCUGUUCUUAGUAAGAGUGCUGAUAAGCUCAGGCAGCUCAUCCAGGAAGAUAAGAAACAAGAGAUGAAUCUACAGCUAGUGAACAUGAAGAAGAAGUUCAAAAAAAGGUCUUUUUUACUGUCUUAUAGGACAAAGAAGCAAAGAAGACAAAGUGCUGGUUCCUCGGAGAAGUCAAAAAGGAGAAAACGGAGCGACAGUAGUAGUAGUAGUUCCUCCAGUGAAGAUAGGAGAAGGCAUAAAAAGGAAUCCAGGUACA